AGAAAGGAAGAACAAAGCUAAAACUUAUAUUAAAAUGCUGAAAAUGAGAUAAAAGUUCCCAAAUUCGUGUACAAAAUGGUAUUUAUCGGGGAGGGGUACGUUGGGUCAAAAGUUUAAGUACAGCAAAGUAGUAGGAGCAAUUGGUCGUCCUUCAAAGUUAAGAAUCGCCGGACCUUUGGGCUGUUUUCCACAACAUCCGCAACGUUUGGGGCAUAAAUGGAUUACGCUGAAGAGAUGGAGCCUUUAGUUGGAAGGACUUUAGGAGAUGGCCCCUCUUUGUGCGAUUUCCUAAACGUUUUCUUCUCCUCCGUCCAGAAAUUCCAGCCCGGCUGCCGCCCCGAUCCCGGCCACCGCCGUCAUGAUCCCGGCACUAAAAACCCGAGAUAUAGCUGCCUAAUCCUCACGGGAUCCAGCCGAUCCUUCUCCUACGCGAGACCCUUGAUUCAUCUUGCUCGAUUGUUGCUGAAUAUGUGCAAUUUCCAGCAGCCGCAAUUUCUUUCUUUUAUCACCGGAAAAGUUUGGGCUGCCACUGAUUUCUCACCAAAUUUGCUCCAUAUAGCUGCUGGAUUUGAUGUCCUUUCCUUCCUUGUGGUUCCUAUCGCUUUUUUCCAUUGAGCUUGAAGGCCUUUGGAUCGAUCUCCAGUCCAAAUUGAAGACUUACAAUAGCUGUUCAUUUCUUGCACAUUUCCUGGACAUUCUACAAUUUCAGCCCUCAGUGACCGACUUCAGUGUCCUUUUUCACCUGUUUUCAGUUAUAAUUUGAGACUGAUUUCAGAAGAGAAAUUGUAGCUCGUUUUCCCAGCUUCGCAACCAUAUAAAGAACAUCUCCAUCCGAGCUACGAACAUGAAGUUAUGAUCGCUGGAACUUGACAGAUAGGUGCUGAAGCCUGCAGAUUUUAUUUAUCAGUUUUGACAACAGAUUUUCAACUGCAUUUUUGGCCACUGAAACGCCUGAAUUUGGAGAAAUAUUCUUCAGGAAAGAUUUGACUUUCUCUUUGAGCUUCGAAACGCUAUAAAGAACGCCCAAAUCCGAGUUUUGGACAUCAAGUUAUGGCCUCUGGAAAUUGGCCGUAGGUUGCAGAUGUUUCUGCAGCCUUGAUGACUGUUCUGAUAACUGAACUUCAGAUGCCGUUUUGGUCAUUUUCUGAACUGAAUUUGGAGAACUAAUCUCAUGACAGUUGUAGCCCCUUAUUUCAUCUUUGCAAUGGUAUCUUGGACACUUAAAUCAGAGCUACGGAUUACAAGUUAAGGCAUCCGGAAAAUGACUGCUUCAUGCUGAAACUCUGCACAUUCUGGAUUCAGUUCUGAUAACCGAAAUCCAACUGCAAUUUUGGCCCCUUUGUCAUCUGAAUUUGGAGAAGUGUUAUUAAUGGCUGUUGUAGCUCUCUAUUUGGCCUUCGCAAGCCUGUAUUGAUCAUUCCAAAUGGAGAAUCCUAGCUCAAGUUACGAGUUGUCAAAUCAGACUUGCUCAACUAGACCAACACUUGUUGACAUUUU